CAGGUUUGAAAGAAGAUGGUAAGAUUCCACAGAUUAGCCAAAACCUUGAACAGUGUGCAUCUUUGAUACGGAAGCAGUUGCUGAACAUCACUCGCCAUGAGGCUGCUCCGAAGACACUACGGCCCACUGAAGCUGGCCUUGGUGGGCGUCGUCUUCAUGAUUUUUCUCUUCAUUAUGCAAAGGGACGUGGGCAGUGGGGAGCACAGGGAAGAGCCCUGGCUAAAAAACAUUGUGGACAGGAAAGAUCAAAUGAUUGACAUGAUGAUGGGAGCCGUCAACAACAUCCGCGAUUCUAUGCCAAAGCUGCAGAUCCGGGCUCCAGUUCAGCAAGAGGCACCAGCACAGAGCAGCAAAUCUUGCCUGCCAGGCUACUACACACCGGCAGAACUGAAACCCCUCAUGGAGCGUCCACCUCAGGACCCCAAUAGUCCAGGGGCUGACGGCAAACCUUUCAAGAAAGAUCAAUGGAAUCCAGAAGAGACCAAGGAGAAAGAGCGUGGUUAUGAGAAGCAUUGCUUCAAUGCCUUUGCUAGUGACCGGAUCUCUCUCCAGAGGCCCCUGGGACCAGACACGAGGCCCCCUGAGCUGAACUCGCUACUGAAAGAACAGCAUUGCGCGCCCAACCGCUUUAUUUUCCCCACCUCGCCCCCUGUUCUCCCACUUUACGUCAUGUCACUUUUGUUUCUGCUGAGCUGCCAAUCGGUGUGA